CGGUGAUGGGGAACACGGGUAAAACACGGCCGGUGCACGGGAAACGCGGGAGCAACGGGUGAAACGCGAGUAAAACACGGCCGGUGCACGGGAAACGCGGGAGCAACGGGUGAAACGCGAGUAAAACACGGCCGGUGCAGGGGGAAGGUGGGUGACAAAUGAGGGACACACGCCAAACGCCAACAGAAAUUGAGUCGUGGCAUAAAUUCGCCCCACUUGAGACCUGUGUGUCAAGGGCCUCAUGAAGGAGAGAGGGCACACAGAGGAGGCUGCGCAGAGGCAGGCUGCCGGCGGCGAGAUGACAGCCAUCCUGGAGCGGCUCAGCACGCUGCCCCUCAGCGGGCAGCACCUCAGCCGCCUGCCCCGGCUGCUGGAGGAUGGCCUCCCCAAGAUGCCUGGCACGGUGAAGGAGGGUGAGGUGCCCCAGCUCUUCCGGGAGCCCUACAUCCACGCCGGCUACCGUCCCACGGGCCAGGACUGGCGCUACUACUUCCUCAGCCUCUUCCAGAAGCACAACGAGGUGGUGAACGUUUGGACUCACCUGCUGGCGGCGCUGGCCGUGCUGCUGCGCUUCAGGGCGUUUGUGGAGGCCGAGCAGUUCGCCAUGGACGCCUGGUCCUUGCCUUUGCUCAUCUUUGUCCUCUCCUCCGUCACCUACCUGACCUGCAGCCUCUUGGCCCACCUGCUGCAGUCCAAGUCAGAGCUGUACCACUACACCUUCUACUUCGUGGACUACGUCGGCGUCAGCACGUACCAGUACGGUAGUGCCCUGGCUCACUUCUACUACAGCUCCGACCAAGCCUGGUACGACAAGUUCUGGCUCUUCUUCCUGCCCGCCGCCGCCUUCUGCGGCUGGCUCUCCUGCGCCGGCUGCUGCUACGCCAAGUACCGCUACCGACGGCCCUACCCCAUCAUGAGGAAGAUGUGCCAGGUGGUCCCAGCCGGGCUGGCCUUCGUCUUGGAUAUCAGCCCCGUUGCUCACCGGGUGGUCGUGUGUCACCUGGAGGGCUGUGAGGAAGAUGCUGCUUGGUACCAUACGUACCAGAUACUGUUUUUCCUUAUCAGUGCCUACUUCUUCUCCUGCCCGGUCCCUGAGAAGUACUUCCCUGGCUCCUGUGAUAUUGUUGGCCAUGCCCACCAGAUCUUCCACACCUUCCUGGCCAUCUGCACCCUGUCACAGCUGGAGGCCAUUCUGUUGGAUUACAAGAAGAGGCAGGAGAUCUUUCUGAAGAGACACGGGCCUUUCUCCGUUUACCUCUCCUGCAUCUCCUUUUUCGGCCUGGUGGCUUGUAGUGCCAUCACAGCUUACGUCCUGCGACGCAGGAUCAAGGCCAGCCUGGCUAAAAAGGACUCCUGAGAGUCAUGAACGUGAUGGGCACAGUGUCCCUGGGGUGGAGGAGGUCAAGGAAAGGAGCGUAACAUACUAGAGACACAACUGUCUUAUUGCCUAACACGCUGUGACUAACCAGACCCAGCCUUGGAGGGAGGGUUGGAGACACCACACUGCAGGGGCUUCCUUUUGCCAUCCAGACCCUCGUGGAGAUUUUGAAGGCAGAACAAGACACUUAACCAAGGAUGCUGGAAUAGGCAGAGGUUUCUUGUUCAUCCUGGUAAACCUGUGGUUGAGCUCUUGCUGAAUGUCAGGGAGGGCAGCCUGAAGGCCGUGAGACUGUAGAAGGGUCUGCCAGUGCUCACAACCCAGUGGAGAGGGCACCAUGAGGACCAGAGCUAGGUGUGAUGACCUCUCGGUGUUGCCAUCUCUGUUAUCUGGGGGAGAGCUGAUACUGUCAAAGGCAGUAGCAAGGUUUCAGGAGGGGUCUCUGCUUCUCAGGUUCAUCUGCAAGGAUAGGUGUGGCACGGUGGCUGGUAUAACCCUCUUCCUGCCCCAGCUGGGCUCUCUCUGUGGUCCCCUCGUCAAGUAUGUUGAUGCCAGGUUGCUGAGGUGGCUGUAGCAGAGCAUUCUGUGCCCCUCACUGCAAGAAAGACAUUGAGGUGGUUGAGCAUGUCCAAAGGAGGGCAAUGAAGCUGGUGAAGGGUCUAGAGAACAAGUCUUGUGAGGAGGAGGAGGAGCAGAAGGAACUGGAGUUGUUUAGCCUGGAGGAAAGGGGGCUGAGGAGACACCACCUUGCUGUCUACAACUCCCUGAAAGGAGGCUGGGGCAAGGCAGGGUUUGGUCUCUUCUCCCAUGAAGCAAGUGAUAGGCCCAGAGGGAAUGGCCUCGAGUCGUACUGGGGGAGGUUUUGGUUGGACAGGAGGGAAAUUCUUCCCUGGAAGGGUUGUUAAAUUGUGGAGUGGGCUGCCCAGGGAAGUGGUGGAGUCACCAUCCCUGGAGGUAUCUGGAAGACAUGGAGAUGUGGUGCAUAAGGACAUGGUUUAGGGGUGAUGUGGCAGUGCUGGGUUGGACUCAAUGAUCUGAAAGGCCUUUUCCAACCUAAACGAUUGUAUGAUUCUGUGUUUGGAGUCUUAGCCUGGCCCGGGGUCAUCUAGGAUGAACUGAGUCUGAACCUGGGUCCUGUGUCUAGCCAGUGACCCGUGUGAGUGCAGCAGAGGUGGAGAUGCUAAGUCAGCUCUUUUUGUUCUGUAUGGCUGCACUAUGUAGAGUGGAGCUGCUGCUGAAAAGCCAGGAGUCAGGCUGGCCCAAGGACCAGCAACAAGAGAUGAGAUCUUUCUCAGCAGUUUGCAGUUGACCUAAGACAGUGGCAAUGCUGAUGGCCUUUUGGUAGCUUACAAGACAGGUCUUCAGAGGCUCCUCACUUCCAUCAUAAGUGCUCAGUUCAUUUUGAGGAGCUCGGCCUGGGUAAGGUUGGAAUUGGUUUUCAGCAUCCCUCAGUAGCAGUGGCAGAGGUUGAGUACCCUUGAGGCCAUCAGCAUUCGAGGCACUGGCCCUAGAAGGGGAAAUGGUUUUGCAGAUGGGUGCAUCGUUUUGGCUGCUUGUGUGACAGGUUCAUACAUCCCUGCAUCUGUCUAAGGAGUCCAGCGUUUUCCAUGCAGUGUAGAUUAACUUGGGUGUGAGCCAUCUGAUACAGGAAAGGCUUUGGGCUCUGGGCCUCCAUGAUCAGGCUCAAGAGGGUAUGAAAGUGAAAUAGUCUUUUUUUCCCCUCUUAAUGGUGCUUUUCAGGACACCAAACAGUCCUUGGUGGGCCUUGUGGGAAAGCUGAUCUUGAAGCUGUGGUGUUGCUUUGCUCUGACUUACAGGGUUGUGAGUCUUGCAGGUUCUUAUCAGCACCAGAUGAAGGAAGAACAGCAAAAGGCAGGAGCAGGGUGACAGCAUUAGGGUCCUUUGCAACCUUGGGAUGAGUUUGUCUUUUAGACUUGGUAAUUACUCUGUGGAGUGGCAAAGACAGUGGUCAGGGACACUUACUGUCCUUGGGACCUAUCCAAGGUUUAGCAAGGGUUAGUUUACUGUGUCCCACUUUAGAUCUGUGCCUGCUUUGGGGGAAUACUGGGUAUGGAGCCAUAGUGUUACACUGAAGUUGGUUGCACUUGCAGGACAGGAUGCUCAGAGCCAGUGCAGAGGAACUGUCCCAAGCAGCCUGGACAUCUCCUGUUUGACCCACUGCUUGCUCUCCAUAGUAAACCCUGGCACAGCUUCUCCCAGCCCUACGCUGUGCAAGGCCUGCUGCCCUGAAUGCCUUGACAUCUGGCACAUCCCCCAGAGGUGCAAAGCAAGGAAUCCCUGGGAUCUAUGCCAGCCACAGAUUUGUCUCACCAAGCCCAAGAGCAAGCAGCUGGAUGGUGAUUAAUGGUUCUGAGUGUAGGGCUGGGGCCACAGUUUGUCACUGGUUUCUGCACUUGAUCUGGUUUUGCCUCUGGAGAUGUGUGUGUGUUCGUGGGUGUGUGUGCACAUGUCAUUUCCUACCCAGAAAGGCUUUGGCUUUUUAUCUGCAGAGCCUUCUAUCUGAUUCAAGAUUACCCUGAAGUCUCCUUCAGAGUGCUGUGCAGCUGGAGGAGCAAGGGAGGACCAGACAAGAGCAUCUCUGGAUCUAGAUCUAUUAAUAGGAGCUUUGCUGUGUGCUGUGUUUUGUGGGCAAGUUUGAGACUCCUGGCCCUGUUAAGAAAUGAAAUAUGAAGGGGGAGGGAAUAAGUUUUGAGUAGGGAAGAAGAAAUCUUAGGAAAGGCUUCAGGGGAUCAUCGUAGUCCACCCUUUCUCAUGAGUCUAGGUCCCCUGCUUUGCACCCAGUCCAGCUGAGAAAUGAAUGAUUCCAUUUCCUGCAGUGUAUUUUGGUGGUACAGCCAUGCUGGCCUAACAGCAAAUGUGCUGCAGGGAAGUGGUAGGUGAGGAUGUUCUCACUUAUCUCCUCCCAGGCACAAGAAGCUCAUCUCAUCAUGGAGCAACCUGUGCUGGCAGGUGGACCAAUAAAACCCCACCCUGCAGGGAAGGUGUCAGCAGUAUCCUGGUGGUUUUGCCUUUCAGCCAGCUCACUGGGACAACACCACUGCUUGUAGGGAAGGGCCAGAGCAGAGCCCAGCAGCAGUUCCCCCUUGCACAGCAGCUAGUUGCUCAACUAGCUUAGCUGCACUGGUGGACCAUUCCCUUCACAGUCUCUGUGCUUUUGUUUGUAGGUCUCCUCUCAGUCUGGGGGAAGACUUAGAGUGGGAGCUGUGGUUUUUCUUACAGCCUAGUUUGCCUUGCUUUUGAGGUAGGUAAAUGUGCCACUGAGUGUGAAACUGACUGACAGGUAUGAGUGUGUCCUGUGUAGGGAAGGGAGUGGAGUAAAGCAGGCUGUCCAGAGCUCCUUUCUGGGCCGAGACUGAGAGGGAGUGGGCAUCACUUCUGACAGUAAACCCUGCUCUGCUGUUACCUGGAGUUACAGUGGUACCAAACAAAGGCAUUGCCCAAGUAUUUCCUUCUUUAGAGUCUGAAUACGGCCAUGUCCUGUCCUUGUCAAAGGGGAAUGAGUUCAGUAACGCUGUCUAGCUUGGGGGUAGGCAGAGAAGGUGCCCACAUGGCUCUUCUGAGGGAUUGCUGGUCCAGCAGAAGUGCAGUUUGUCCUUAUGGAGCAAACACCACCUUAUGAUGGUGGUGGUGGUUUUCCAUAUCCUCUUGUUAGCCCUUAAGUGAAGCCACUCGUGUCCCAGUGUGGCCCUGCACUCAGACCUGGAGCUGACCUCCUGGUUACUAUGAUGGGUUGAUGUGGCAGGGAAGUUCAGUACAGGUUGCUGCUGCUGUGAGGAUGCAGCCUUGUGGCACAAGGGGCUGACCAACACUGGAGCUUCUUUCACCCUUGUCUCCAUCCUCCUCCUCUUCCUCCAACCAGCUGAUUUCUUAUCUCUCAUGCCCAGACUUCACCCUUGUGCCUUAUGCACCUGUCUGCCUAUGGGGGCAGACUCCACAGGCCAUGCAGUCUGCUGCACCUCAGCGAGGCCAGGACUGGGAAGUGACUGUCCAUGCCCUGCUGUUGAUCUAGGGGAGACCAGAGCUGAGUCCAGAGAGGGUAAAAGUGCCCCUGAGUUAAGUGCUCAGCUUGUUUAAGAGCCCCUCAGGCUUUUCUCCUUGGGCUCAGUACACCUACUUCCAUCCUGGUGUUCUUCUAAGGAGACACAGUGGGGAGGACUACUAGCAACAGGGUUUGGUGAUACUGCUGAUCACCAAAUGUUGAGCACAUCCCAGAUCCUGACAGGACCAAAGGUCCUACCCCUUUCCCCCAGGAAUCUCUAGUCCUGAGACAGCAUUUUUGCAGGUCUUGCAGCCUGGCUCUGCACAGGCCAACUCCUGAGAAUCCAGUCCAGUGUGCCUUUCACUAUGCCUUUUUGGGAUGCAUCCUGAAGGAACCUGAGGCUCCAAGCAGCCUCUUUGCUUUCUGCUGAUCCUUGGUUGCUCUUAACAGCCACUAACCACUGGCAGGAUUUGUUUGGUGUUGAGAGUAGAAGGGGAGGAUGGAGGAAGGUGCCUUAAACUCAUCUUUAUGCCUAGUGAUUUGUUUAACAAGGGGCAGGUUCCUCGUGUGCCUUGCAAUUUACACCUUUACUGACAAGAUUCUUUUUCAGCACUGUCUGUUACUAAACAGACCUACAAAAGAGUUUGUAUUCCCCAUCCCUAUCUCCCCCUUGGGAAACAGGGAAGGGUGUGACUGUUAUGUAUUAACCAUCUCUUUCCCAGCUCCCAUCUGCUGCCCUUGUGUUGUUGGACACACUGACAAUAUUGUAAGCUUUGUACUGUACUGAUCAUUAUUUAAAAAACCUUAGUAAAAAGAAAAGAGAAAAAAAAAUAAACCAAAGGAAGUGUAAAAGCAAA